ACUAGCGGUAGAUGGUAGAAAAUUUACAUUUUUCGUCAGAGUUUUGAGAAGAAAAGUUUGCUGGUUGUGAGACACAGGUACACGGUAGCGUUUUCGCCUCGUUGAAGUGAUUUGUUUUUGUAGAUUGUGACUAUUAUUAUUUGGGACUGUGAGUAUAGUGUGCAAAAAACGAUGCAAACGAGUGCGGUGCAGCAAUGGCGUUCGAACGACGAUGGAAAGUGUUCGAAAAAGUGUUUAUGUUCCAAGUGCACCGGUGGCGGCAUGCUAUGAACAAUGGCGAUCGAUUGAUGUUCAAUCGCUGCAAUAUGCUGUGGAAAGACAACUUGCCUGCAUUCGCUUUACCUGGACAAUAUCAGCUGUGUGUAACGCGUCUUCCUAACUCGCACUAAAGUGAAGCUACCAAAUCCGACAACAAACAAAACGUAACAGAAGUAAACCAGCGGCAUCAUGCCACGGCCAACGGAGGAAUCACCCGGCUCCCUUGGCCAGCGAACACUCUCACCGCCCGACUCGUCGCUGGACGACCUGGAGAGCUGCAUCGAGGACCUGGACAAUCUCGGCGAUCUGGACGGCGGCGGGCUGGCACGGAAGCCGCACUUUCUGGACUAUGACAACAAGCCGCCGGCGGAGCUGGUCGAGCAGCACAACCGACUGAACGGUGGUGCGUCGCCGUCGGAGGCGGCGGUGGUGGAACGGCUCGAUGAUGCUGCACUGCCCUGCGAGACGCAGUACGCCGGGGAGCCAAUGCCAUUGCCGCAUAUGAACGCUUCGUACGAUACGCCCAGCUCGCUUAACAUUCUGCCGGCGGCGAAGAAACCCAUCCCGACAGCGAUCGGGGCGCGUGGUACGUGGCCGCUAAAGGAUCGCAACAGUCCGAGCAGAAGGCAGCAGCAACAGCAGCAUCAUUCGCUCAACCGGGAGCUAUCGGAGGUGGGACCGAAGAUGGAGUGUGUCUAUUCGCUGCUGUCCAUGCUCGGCUCCACCAACGUGCUGGAGAUGUCGAGCAAGUUCCUGGAGCUGUCGCGCAACGUGGAAAAAUGCUCGGCCCUGCGCCGCUCCGGCUGUGUGCCGCUGCUGGUGCACAUUAUCCACAACGAGCCGAACGAUGUGGCGCGCCAAAACGCCCGCCAUGCGCUAGUGAACGUGAUUCGCUGCAACGUCGAUGAAGCGUCGGCUCGACGCGAGGUGAAGGUAUUGCGACUGAUCGAUCAGCUGAUCGACUACACCGACCUGCUGAAGGAGCAGCAUGCUGCGGCGCCGCCGCCGCCGGCAGUGGUCGAGGGCAGCAGCAUCGAGCAGGAGCGCCACCCGAUCCAGGCGAUCGGGACGCUGGCCAAAAUCAGCUACGACGAGGAGCACCGGCACGCGAUGUGCCAGUUCGGGGCGCUGCAAACGAUCUCCAGUCUGAUCCAGCUCGACCAUCUCGUGCACGGUGCGUCGCCAGAUGCGACCAAGUGCAUCGAGAUGCGCCGGUACGCCAGCAUGGUGCUGACGAAUCUCACCUUCGGGCAGGGCAACAACAAGGCGCUGCUGUGCUCGAACCGCAACUUCAUGCAAGCGCUCGUGUCCCAGCUCGGCUGCACCGAGCUGCUCCAGGUGACCGCGUCCGUGCUGCGCAACCUGUCCUGGCGCGCCGACAGCGUCACCAAGCAGACGCUCAUCGAGAUCGGCACGGUGAAGAUACUGACCGAGUCGGCGAUGCGCUGCACCGUGGAGAACACGCUUAAGUCGAUCCUGUCCGCGCUGUGGAACCUAUCGAACCACUGCACGCAGAAUCGGGCCAACAUCUGCGAGGUCGACGGGGCGUUGGAGUUCCUGAUCGACAUGCUCACGUACGAUGCGCCGAGCAAAACGAUGAGCAUCGUCGAGAACGCCGGCGGCAUCCUGCGCAACAUCUCUAGUCAUAUCGCGCAGUGCGAGCAGUACCGGCGGGUGCUGCGGGAGAAGAACUGCCUCAAGAUACUGCUCGAUCAGCUAAAGUCGCCGAGCCUGACGGUGGUGAGCAACGCGUGCGGCACCCUCGGUAACCUCUCGAGCGAGAACGGCGAGGACCAGCGGUUUCUGCGCGAGAACGGCGCGGUACCGAUGCUGCGCUCGCUCAUCUACAGCAAGCACAACAUCAUCUCGAGCGGAUCGCAGCUGGCGCUGAAGAAUCUACAGCACCAUCGACCGGCGGCGGUGGCGGUGCACGGUGAUGAGAAGCUCGCCGAACCGAAAGAUCUGCCGAGCCUGAAUGUGCGCAAGCAGCGUGCCAUGGAGGAGGAGCUGGGCCGGGCCGCCUUCUAUCGGGAAAAGGCUAUCGGGAACGAUCGCGCCGGUUUAAUGGAGGAGGAAGAGGAGGACGUGAGCGACGAGGAGCGGGCGAAGGGUGGAACGAUGGUAGAAACGGGGGGCGAGCUGCUGGAAUCGGAGCAGCCCAUCAACUACAGCCUGCAGGACGAUCUGCACCAUCAGCAGCAGCAGUCGUCGUCAUCGUACGACUACCAGGAGACGGACAUCGACCAGCUGACGGACUAUUCGUUGCGGUACGCUGAAAACCAGUCCGAUUCCGACGACGAGAAGGGUGAGGCGGCGUACGGUGCCGAUCCGGUGAACAUGCUCAUACCCGAGGACUCGGUCAAGUGCUACUACACCGAGGGUACGCCCCAAAUCAUAUCGAGCGCGACGUCGAUGAGUGAUCUGCGUGCACCGGCCCAACCAUCGUCUUCGUCGUUCAAGCAGGUGAACGCACUCAAAUCGAAUCCGAUACCGAUUGGCGUCGUCGUCGGAGGUGCUGGCAGUGGUGGUGGCGGCGGCGGCAGCGUCGGAGCCGGUGGUGGCGUCGGCGUGACUGGACCGGACGAUCUCGGCUGCAACACACCGGACAAGCCGUUCAACUACUGCGAGGAAGGUACGCCGGACUUUAGCCGUGAUGCGUCGCUCAACAUCAUCGAUCUGUCGGACGCGGACGGGUCGAAGGGCCUCGGGGUGAGCACCGGCGAGCACAAGGGUGAACCACCGGCCGAUGUCGAGCUGGUGGCGGACGACGGCCAGGUCGUGGUCGUCGGUCCAGUUUCCGCCAAAUCGGUUUCCUUCCUCAACACUGCCGAAGAGACGCCGCUAAUGUUUUCGCGCACCAGCUCGAUGGGUUCGCUGUCCAGUGCCGAGCCGGCCUGCAUCGACGACAAAAGCUCGAUCGUGAGCGAGUUCAGCCGGCUGGCGUCCGGCGUCAUCUCACCAUCGGAGCUGCCCGAUUCGCCCACGCAAACGAUUGCCCACUCGCCACGUCGUUCGGUGAGCGGUUCGCUGAGUGCGGCGUCCGUGAAGGUGUUUUGUCAGGAACCGUUUGCCGAUCGGGUGGAGGACGAUGUCGGUGGAGAGGCGCCCCCGGCUAGCCGGCACCAUCCGCAGCAACAGCAGCAACAGCAGCAGGAGCAUCAGCAGCAACAGCAGAGUGCGUUCGCCGACACGAUGAACAAGUUUAAUGUGGAAAAUACGCCCGCCCAAUUCUCUUGCGCGACCAGCCUGAGCAAUCUCAGCAUCGAGGAAAAAGACCCGGACGAAGGGGAAGGCGUUGUCUGCGCGGCGCACAUUCAAGCCACCGAGCACAAUGGCCAGUGUCGGUCGUCGUCGCCCGUGUUGCCCAACCCGGCAGAAUUGGUCACCAGACGGAGCACGCUGUCCGACGUCGAUUCGGACGUGGGAGGCGACGAUGAGCUGCUCGCGUCGUGCAUUAGCAUCGGCAUGAACAGCGUGAAGGCGCGCAGCUCGGCGAAGGAAACUACUGCGACCAGUGCCACAGCCACCGCGGCUCCGACGUACGCCAAUCUUCCACUGCCGAAGGCGGAACCGCCCGACAUGCUGUCCCGGAGUGAGAUGCUGCGGCGCUACUGCUCCGAAACUGCCGCCGCACGCCACAUUUCCGGCGCGACCAGCACCGGCGAGCUGAGCGCGAUCACGAUCGACUCGGAGCGCGACCUGCCCAACGGUGACCGGGGGCCCGACUCCGACGACAGCUCCGUGGACGAGUCGGACAAUAACGACCGGCUGCUGGAGGAGUGCAUACUGAGCGGCAUGCCCAAGCCAAAGCACGCGAACGCCGGCGUCCAGCAAACGCUGCAGCGCCUCGCGCCGGUGGAAAAGGAGAGCCCGCUCAAGAUGAUGCGCACCAACCCGGUGCACCACCUGCAGCCGCUGCUCGCGAACGACGAGCUCAGCCCGUUCCACGUCGAGGACAGUCCGUGCAACUUUUCCACUGUGUCCGCGCUGUCCGAGCUGACCGUGGCAUCCGACAUCGUCACGGGACAAACGUCACGCCCAAGAUUGGAGCGAGACAAUCGUGAGUCGGUGGCGGAGCGGAACGCUGUUGCGUCGGUGGGAAAUCAGCAGCUGCUUAGCUCGCCCUCGGUCGCAUCGGACGAGGACGACCACCUGCUGGAGGAAGCGAUUGCGACCGGUGCCAUCCGGAAGGCGGAGAUGGCACAGCACCGCCGUCGGAAUAUCCUCGAGCGCACGUCACCGAUGGCGCACGCGGAGUUUAAGCGUCUCAUUAGUUCGCCGGGCUCGACGGAGACGGUCAACUCGGAUGACGAGCAGCAGGAGGCGCUGCUGCAGGAUGCCAUCGAGCGUGGCAUGAACAAGGGCAAGAGUGGGCUGGCGAUGCGGCAGGAAACGGAGCGCUGGGUCGUGAGCAGCUCGAUGCCGAUGGGCGUGAAUCCGACCGAGAGCAUACCGGACUCGGACCGGGACGAGGACGACUACCAGCUGCUGGCCGAAUGCAUCCAGCGCGGAAUGCACACCGUGCCGAAAGGUGGCACCGCGGCAACGCAGAUGCGCCACCAACAGCAGACCGGCGGUGGCGUCGGCGAGCUGCUCGCCGGCGAUUUGCACCGGCUGACGCUGAACGGGACGCGGCCGGGCGCGGCGGGGAUGAUGCAAACGAGCAAUCCAAAAAACGUGCACACUACGCCUGUGAUACUGAAGGAUGUCGGUGCCGCCGCAGUAUCAGCAGGCGUAGUAAGCAGCGCAAGCUACCAACCACAGUCAACCGGCACACGGGCCUUGCCCUCGGGAUCCAUGGUUCCCAUGGUGCCGGGCAGCAUCGGCGCCAACACAAACACCACCAACACAGCACCGCACAGGCGGCGCAGCAUCAACAGCAGCAGCAGCAGCAGCAGCAACAUCACCGCGGCCGGCUUGUCCAGCGCGGUCGGGCCAGCUUCGUGCGGCCGAGUGACGCCGGAAGGUGGAGCAGCUCCACCGGAACCAGCGACGGCAUCGGCGAGUGGGUGUGACCUGGAUCUGCCACUCGCGGACAACGCUCGCAGUCGCAUCCCAAGCUACGGCCUACGGCGUACUGAACCGCCCGAAGAUAACUCACUGCCGGCCGGGUCCAUCCCGCUAGCGACCGAGAAACACAAGGACCCGGAGCAGAUGCUCAAAUCGGUCGAGCGUUUCACUCGCGAGCUCGUGUCGCAGAGUGGCCACGGUCUGUCCGAUGACGAGGCGGUCGACGGGGCGCAGGAGCAGGGCACCACCGAGCCGUCGGUCAUGUUCCAGCUCGGUGGCCAAGUGUCGUUUCCCGCCUUUUCGCUCACCGUCGACGAGACGGACAGUUUGAUGGAGUUUGUCAACCUGCCCAACAUCGAGCCGCCGUCGAUGCUGAACGAUGAUGAGCUGUUCGCGACCAGCUACACCGCCGCCACCACCACCUCCCUGCCCCGCACGCACUUUCUACCCCAGUUCAAUGUCGCCGUCGCCAAUAUGGCCAACAUCAACAGCAUCGAACCGCCGACCAUGAUGAACGAAUCAUUGGGCUCGCUAUCGAGCACGAAAUGGGGCGAUGGGUGCGGGGGGGUGCCGGAAACCGUCGGCUCGCUACCGAAGCUCAUUAGCAGCCUCACGCAGGCGGGCACCCGCUGCAACACCCCACCGUCUGCGGCGGAGGCUGGAGUGCCAAUAAUCGACGAAGCGGAAUUCGACGAGCUCCAUCGCUCCAUUCGCUCCCAGCAGUGGACGCUGCGGGAUGUGGAACCUAGUCUCAAGCACAACGCCGCCGAACCGGUACUGCCGGUCGAUCGCUCCGUGACAUCCGGCGGUGAUAAGAAACAACAAGCGGUCGCAGUGACACCGGCUAAGAUAGCGAGUAUCGUAACGAAAGCACCCUCCAAAGAGCGGAUCCAGCGCGUAUCGCAGAGCGUAUCGUCGAAGCUGCCGCAACAGCGGAAAUCCAGUGUGGUGGCGGACGGGGACAAAUCGACGCCGAAAAAACCCGCCUACGUGUCGCCUUACGGUCGUGCCAGUGGGCUUCCGUUGACGGUGCGCACGAAAGGAGGAGGUGCAGUCGUUACACGUCCGGUUCCCGCCGGGCAGAAAGUGUCCUCACCGACGGUCGGAAGGGCAACUACCGGCUCGGUGGUGGAACCAAAGGACGGUACGAAACGCAACAGUCUCACCUCGGCUGGUCGCGUCCCACCGGUCGGACAUUCGCCGGGGGCGGGGGUGAAGAGUCCGGCUGCUAGCUCCAACGAGUCCGUCAAGCAGUUGGCGAAGGGUUCGGCAAAGCGCGUCACACCGGCGGCGGGGCGUGUUUCUUCGGCCAUCCGUCAAACGACACCGGCCGGCAAAGGCAAGCAGCCGAACGGUGGCAUACCGAAAUGUAAUGCGACACCGCCGCAAGCCACCAUCCCCGCGUCCCCAGGGACCGAGCCGAAGGUGGUGCUACUUACGCGCCAGCAAACGUUUGUCAACGAGAAACCGAGCAUGGCCGCGCUGCCACACAUUUCGUCCGCCCCGUCGUCGCCGGCGAAGGCGCGGAAGGCGGCGAGCGGCGAAGGUGCACGGGCCCGGGCGGAGGUGCUGGCUCGUGCAAACACUACGCUGCCAAACCGUUCCCCGCGUACGCCCGUCCACUCGGUGGCCGGGUCGCGCCUCUCACGUAUUCCACCGCCGUCGACGCGCCUGCCCGCCGGUGUCGGUCUGACCGGGACGCGUAAGGACGGCGGCGGAUGAUUGCUUACCGGCGAACCGGCGAAACGGACGCGAAACGUUCCGCACGGUAAUCGCCUGCUGAUCGCUUAAUCUUUUCGCUCGCGAAUGCUAUGAAAUUUCGGAAAAAAGCGUAAUCGUUCGGAAAGGGCGAUUCUAUUUAUUACACAUACAACCGCAUACUAUCAGCCUUCCAAACUUGUAUCUCGUAAACAGUCCGCAUCUUUGUCCGUUCGUUUGCUUGGUUUGGUUUAGGCGUACGCUUAAACUACCCUACCCCCGUCGCUGUACUUUGUAAUGUAGCCACACCUCGCGUUCGCUUGUGGUGAAACAAUUAAUUCGCUCGCGUUUACCAGGCUUACCAUAUGCUUCUCGCCACCGAAGCGCGACUAAAGCGAACCAAUUCCAAUCGCAAUCUUCCGAGCGAACCUCCCCAUUGGGGGGCUUUCUUUUCUUCUCGAUAUUGCGGGUGAACUAGGAACUAGAAAGGUUAAAGUUGAUAAGAACGUAUCGAAACUAUAUAUUCUAAUAUACUCUAGCAUCACAUUUGCUUACUUACAAUUAACGCGCUUGGAAAAGUGUGACGAAAUAAGUUGAACACGGCGAUUAUGAUGAAAGCGAACCAAAAUGCACACGACUCUCUAAACCGGUAUUAUUCGAACGCUAGGAGGGUUCAGUAGAGUAACUCUGAUAAACGUAGAUGUAAGGAUGUGUGUUACCUUUAAAAACGAACUAGCUAAAGCAGGCAGUGGAGGCAGGAGAAGAGCGUUUGCGUCAGGUCAUCUCACCCAGAGGCCCAGGGGCACGGACGCAAAUCGCGAACGAAAAUUCGUGCAAUAAACUAUCACAAUAGAACGC